AUGGAAUACGGUGAUUUUUAGAGAUUACUUUCAGAAGAGGACGAAUUAGUUCAAAUAUCUAGAGCACAGUUGGAAUAAUUAAUUCUAAAAAAUUAACUACCUGAAACACUUCCUGCUCAAAAAAAAUCCUGCAAAAAAAUUGUAAUAACUUAAGCCGCCAAGAAAUAAAAACCUUAUUAAUUUGCAGAUGUUCAUUAUUGGACGAUCACUCAAUUUGAUUGGGAUGCAAAAGUACUAGAAGCAUUAAAGGGAGCAUUUGGUAAGGAAUAAUUUAAGGCAAAUCAAAAGGCAAUAAUAAAUUGUGUUUUGGCAGGGAAGGAUGUAUUUGUUUGUAUGCCCACGGGAUACGGAAAAAGCAUUACAUUUCAAAUUCCUGCGUUUGUAGAAAAUGGCGUUUCGAUUGUCGUAAUGCCGUUGAUUUCUCUGAUAUUUGAUUAGGUGCAAUAUCUCACGAGUCUUGGUAUUCCAUCACUGAACAUGAGUGGUUAAAACAGACUGUUGACUGCAUAAUAAAUUCUGGACUAAAAAAUAAAGUUAAUUUAUACUACUCCUGAAAAAAUUGAGAAAUCUGAAUAAUUUAAAUAAAUUUUGGGCGAUCUCUUCAAUCGAAAACUGAUCAAAAGAUUUGUAAUCGAUGAAGCACAUUGUGUGAGUAAAUGGGGAAGAGACUUCAGACCAGAUUACUUGAAAUUGAGCAAUGUUAGAAACGAGUAUCCCAACAUCCCCAUCAUCGCUUUGACUGCAACUGCCCCAGAAGAAGUUAAAGAAGACAUUAUUGACGUUCUUUAAAUUAAAGGUUGUUUAUAUCUAUAAUCUUCUUUCAAUAGACCAAAUCUGGUCUAUGAGGUAAGAUGCAGAGAAGAAUUCAAGAAGGCAGUCUAGGAAAUCAAGGAAUUUAUUAAUCAGACCUAUCCAAAACAAUCUGGCAUCAUAUAUUGUUUGACCCAAUCUGAAUGCUAGACUCUAUCACAAAAUCUAAUAUAUCAUGGCAUAGGAUCAGACUUCUAUCAUGCUGGUCUUACUGAAAAGGAAAGACACAGGAUUCACAAAAAUUGGUUGAUGAAUGAAGUACAACAUUUGGUAUGGGAAUUGACAAAAAAGGAUUGUCGAUUUGUCAUUCACUUUUAAAUGCCAAAAUCAAUUGAAAAUUAUUAUCAAGAGAGUGGCAGAGCAGGACGAGAUGGUAAACAAGCGCAUUGUCUUCUAUUUUACAAUAAUAGUGACUAUAAAACUAAUUUAUAUCUAAUGGAUUAAAACACAGAGAUGACUGCUCAGAUGAAAAAAUAUAAUAUUAAAAAGCUUGAUUAAAUGCAACAAUUCUGUUAUGAUCGACUUUCGUGUAGAAGAGUCUUGCAACUCUCUUAUUUGGGCGAGAAUUUUGACAGAACAUUAUGCAAUAAGAAAUGUGAUAAUUGUCAAAGAGAUGAUGAAAAUGCAGAAAAAAUCAAUUUAACCAAUGAAGCUCUUAAGAUUCUUGAUUGUUUAGAUAAAUACCCAUUGACAGAGAAUCAAUUAGUUUAAUGUUUAAAAGGAGCGCAAGAUAAAAAGAAAUCGAAUAACUCAUAAAAGAAUGUUGAAUAGAUAUUUGGAUUAUUUAAACAUAAUCCUCGUAAUAUAAAUCCCUUGUUGGAUCAAUUAAGAGCUUAAAAUGCUUUAAGUUAAAAAGUACAAUGUUACAAUGUUAAAGGUAAUUUCAAAAAUAAAGAACAUCUUUAAAAAGUGUAAUAAUAUCCAUUCCAAGAGAAAAGGACAAGAGAUCAUCAGUCUUUAGAUCAAAAAACUAAUGAUUUAUUUAAAAAGUACUUAUCAAAAGAAAACAAUAAUCAAAAUAACAAUGGGAUUAAUUUAUAAACCAACUAAAAUGCUUUACAAAAAGACUUCAUUUGGUAAAAUGGUAAUAACAUCGAAACUGAAUAAAAGAAAUUGUAAUAUGAUAACCAAUAUGGCUAUUGCUUAGAAAAUUAAUUUAAUGAUCUGCGUGAAAGAUUGAUGUUAGUUCGUAAGAAUAUUUACAAAGAAAUGACGAAUGAUGCUUCGAAUUAAAUCAUCAAUAUCGAUUUGGUAUUGUCAACUGAUGACAUUGAAGAAUUGUGCAAAAAGCUACCAACUACUAUGAGCGAAUUAAAUGACCCUUUCAUUUGCAUAGCCUAAGAAAUUAAAAAACUGCAGUAUAUGAAACACUUUAUUGAAGAAGUUGCUCACUUUGUUGAUAUCGAAGAAAUCAAUAAACUAUUAUUUGAAAAACCCAAACAAAUCGAAACUCAUGUUGACUAAGUUUUUGAAUUUUAGAAGCACAUCAGACAGGAAGAGGAUGUUGUUGACAUUACAAACCAAGAAUUUAUUGGUAAAUUAUUAUUUUUAAUUUCAGCCAAAUAAAAAGAGAUUGAAGAAUUAUUAGUAAAUGGUUAAGAGCAUGAUGAUUACUUAGAUGAACUCUUAAACUUAAUUGAGGAAGAUGAAAAAAAAAAAUCUCCUGAUAUUGUUAUCAUAGAUGAUGACAUCAAUUCAAAUGAUUUUGCUUUAAACAAAAAACCACAAAUAUAGUAGGUUUCCACUUAUGAACCUAUUUAAUAACAUCAAAAUUCAUAGGAUUUAAAACAAUCUGAUAAAAGUGAAAAUAAUUAACAAUCAAAAAAGCUAAAAAUAAAUCUAAAAAGAUCAUUUUUAUGA